AUGCUUGAAGCUUGUGACGAUGAUGAGGGGUACCUGGAAGAGAACAUUGCAGAAGGCCUCGAUGACGACGUGGACAUUCUGGAGCUUGAGAAAGGAGCUGGAAAUCGCGUACUCGAUGUUGCAAGGCUCGACGAUAUCUUGCUCGAUGAGAUGAAGCGGAAUGAGCUUCGACUGCUGCUAAUCAAUGAGCUAGGCGAGAUGUUGGUCAAGGAGGACCUGCUUGUUGAGGUCUGGGUUGAGGGCGAUCUGUUGGAGGUACUAGUAGGCAUAGCUUUGGUCGAUGACACUGCCUUGGUAGAGGAAACUCUUGUAGAGAUGGGCUGGCUACCUGAUAUACUGGUCACACUCAAGAAGCUCUUCGAGGAUGCCUUCGUCGUCAUAGCCAGUCUAGACGUUGAUGUCGUGGAACCCUUUGAUGACGAACGAGUGAUUGAUCUCGAAGAAGAUUUCGAAGUAGGCCUCUUUGUCGAAAUGGACGUUCUUGUUGUACUUGAUGUCUUGGUCGACGAUUUGGAGGACUCUGUGACGCACUUGCAGGCCUUUCUUACAGCAGGAACAUUCACGUUGGGUAUCGGCGAAUCAUCUCGCUCGCUUCAUCCAAAUGUCAGUGCUUACAAGGAUCCAAAGAAGAUGCAGAACGACGACGGAUUCUGA